AUGCAGACCGACUACAGAUUGGAAACUGAAUUUUAUUGCUGCGAAGGCUAUGAAGGAUCCACCUACAAUUGCCAACCCAUUUGCAGCGGAGGCUGCGGUGCCAACAGCCACUGCAGCGCACCUGAGAAGUGCAGCUGUAAUAACGGUUAUUUCGGGCCCAAUUGCACUCCGUUUUGCAGCGGCUGUGGCGUGAACAGCCACUGCCAGUCGCCGGGUGAAUGCGCCUGCGACUCGGGCUACAGCAAUAACGGAGGAUCUGGCGCGUGUCUGCCUCUCUGCACCGGAGGAUGUCCGGAGCACAGCAGCUGCGAGGAGCCAGACAAAUGUACGUGUGAUAAGGGGUAUUCGCGAUCUGAAAAUGGAAGCUGUACGCCUGUUUGUGAGGCAGGAUGUCCAGAGCACAGCAGCUGCAGUGCGCCAGGAGUAUGCCAAUGUGGGGAUGGGUAUCAUAAGGCCGAGGAUGGCAGCUGCACACCUGUUUGUGAGGCAGGAUGUCCAGAGCACAGCAGCUGCAGUGCGCCAGGAGUAUGCCARUGUGKGRAWGGRUAUMAYAAGGCYGAKGAUGGCAGCUGUACGCCUGUUUGUGAGGCAGGAUGUCCAGAGCACAGCAGYUGCAGUGCUCCGGGAGAAUGYCAGUGUGCGRAUGAGUAUAACAAGGCUGAUGAUGGCAGCUGUCAGCCGAUCUGCAAUCCGAAAUGUCCGGAUAAUGCCAUCUGCGUGGCACCCUACUUGUGCUUAUGUAAGACAGGCUACAAGCUCAGCCAAAAUGGCAGUCUGUGCGAGGCCCAUUGUCCGGGAGGCUGUGCCAACUAUGCCCGGUGUGUGGCGCCGGGCCAAUGCGAAUGUUAUCCUGGCUUUGAGAUGUCCCCGGCCGAGCAGGUGUGCCGGCCCAAGUGCAGCCAGGAGUGCCUGAAUGGGCAUUGCUUUGCGCCCGACAAGUGCGCCUGCAAUGCUGGCUACUUGAUGGGUCCCAAUCAGAUCUGUGAGCCGCAGUGCAGCUCGAGCUGUGUGCACGGCAAAUGUAUCGCGCCCGACCGCUGUGAGUGCGAGCCUGACUAUCGAUUUGCAGCCGACUCAGUGGACGUCUGCGAGCCCGUCUGUGAGCCAGCCUGCGGCGAGCAGGGCACCUGCCUGGCGCCCCAGGUCUGCAUCUGCCACUUGGGCUACGAGCCGGCGUCGAAGGAGCAGCCCCACCUGUGCCGGCCCAGCUGCUCCACGGGCUGUGCGAACGGCAGCUGUGUGGCGCCCGAUGUGUGCGCCUGCAAUGAGGGCUAUGAGCUGGCGGACGGAGGGAAUGCUUCGGCUGGCUGCCAGUUGCGGCUGGCCGGGACAAGCACCACGGAGCGCCAAUUGGAUGAGCUGCAGCGGCAGGAGUCGGCCACAAAUUGCAGCAGUAGCUGCAGUUGCUGGCACGAAUGGACUCAAGUGGAGGAGGCCGGGAUCAAGUGCAUCAACAUUUGCCAGGAUGAAUAUGACAAGCCCUGCCUGGACCUAUCUCUGUGCAGCUGCGACCAGGCAACGGAUCAGCUGCUGUGCCCGGAUGGCGAACGCGAGCAGCAGCGGCUGGUCUGUCAAGUGACCACGUCCCGGAGCAUUGAUCAGCCAGCCGAUCAGGAUCCAGGCGAGGCGGCGUCCAACUCCAGAGAGGCAGCAGCUGGCACAGCCAAGUGGCCAGUGGUGUUGGCCUGGUCAGCGGGUAGCUUCAUCGUUUUGCUACUCCUAAUCUUCGCCAGCCACGUGUACCUCAAGCACCGGCGCCAACAGGCCAUCGAAGUUGAAGAGGAAUACAGCUAUAUCAACUGUGACAGAGAUCUUUGAACGCAUUUCUGUUAUUAACCACUC